GCCGACACUCAUCUUUGUCAGUGAACAAAAUGGCGUCUUACUGUUUGACAGUCACUAGGCUGCGGCUGGCCCUUGGAACUGGUGCAAGGCGCAUUCAUGUCUCCUCAGCCUUCAGCGCUAAGGCCAAGGUGGCCAUGAGCCGCUUUGAGCCCGGCUCCAGCGUUAACUAUGAGAAGAUGCACGAGAACAUCAACACUGUGCGCAGGAGGCUCGGCAGGCCUCUCACGCUGUCGGAGAAGAUUGUGUACGGUCACCUGGAUGAUCCAGUGGGGCAGGAUAUUGACCGCGGCCGCACCUACCUGCGCCUGCGUCCAGACCGCGUGGCGAUGCAGGAUGCUACAGCUCAGAUGGCAAUGCUGCAGUUCAUCAGCAGUGGUCUGCCCAAGGUGGCGGUUCCCUCCACCAUCCACUGUGAUCAUCUGAUUGAGGCUCAGAUCGGAGGGGCCGAGGACCUGCAGAGAGCUAAGGAGAUAAACGAGGAAGUGUACAACUUUCUUGCCACUGCUGCUGCUAAAUAUGGAGUUGGCUUCUGGAAACCUGGAUCAGGGAUCAUCCAUCAGAUCAUCCUGGAGAAUUAUGCCUAUCCUGGAGUGAUGCUGAUUGGUACAGACUCCCACACUCCUAAUGGCGGUGGCCUGGGGGCCGUCUGCAUUGGAGUGGGUGGCGCUGAUGCCGUGGAUGUCAUGGCUGGAAUCCCCUGGGAGCUCAAGUGUCCGAAAGUGAUUGGAGUGAAGCUGACAGGAACCCUGUCUGGUUGGACCUCUCCGAAGGAUGUCAUCCUGAAGGUGGCUGGCAUCCUGACUGUAAAAGGUGGCACAGGAGCCAUUGUGGAGUAUCACGGACCUGGAGUUGACUCCAUCUCCUGCACUGGAAUGGCCACUAUCUGUAACAUGGGUGCUGAGAUUGGAGCCACCACAUCCAUUUUCCCCUACAACCACCGCAUGAGGACGUACAUGGAGAAAACUGGCCGUGGAGAGAUCGCGACUGUGGCCGAUCAGUUCAAAGAUGACUUGGUCCCAGAUAAAGGCUGUGAAUACGACCAGCUCAUUGAGAUUAACCUGAGUGAGUUGAAGCCCCAUAUCAACGGGCCCUUCACCCCUGACCUGGCCCACCCCGUGUCUGAUAUCGGGGCUACGGCCAAGAAGAACGGCUGGCCUCUGGAAGUUAAAGUUGGUCUGAUCGGUAGCUGUACCAACUCCAGCUACGAGGACAUGGGCAGAGCAGCCUCUCUGGCCAAGCAGGCUCUGGAUAAAGGUCUGAAGUGCAAGGCCCAGUUCACAGUCACCCCAGGUUCUGAGCAGAUCCGCGCCACUAUCGAGAGGGACGGAUAUGCCAAGAUCCUGAGUGAUGUUGGUGGAAUCGUACUUGCCAACGCUUGUGGACCCUGCAUCGGACAGUGGGACAGGAAGGAUGUGAAAAAAGGAGAGAAGAAUACUAUUGUCACAUCCUACAACAGGAACUUCACUGGCAGGAAUGAUGCCAACCCCGCUACUCAUGCUUUUGUCACCUCUCCUGAGAUCGUCACCGCCAUGGCUAUUGCUGGAACUCUCAACUUCAACCCAGAGACCGACUACCUGACCGCUCCUAACGGAGAGAAGUUCAAGCUGACUCCGCCUACUGGUGACGAGCUCCCCUCCAGAGACUUCGACCCAGGCCAGGACACCUACCAGCACCCCCCGUCUGAGGGCAGCUCGGUGAAGGUGGACGUGAACCCCACCAGCAACCGCUUGCAGCUGCUGGAGCCCUUCGACAAGUGGCAUGGAAAAGACCUGGAGGACAUGAGGGUCCUUAUCAAGGUGAAGGGAAAGUGCACCACUGACCAUAUCAGCGCUGCCGGGCCCUGGCUGAAGUUCCGUGGUCACCUGGACAACAUCUCCAACAAUCUGCUGAUUGGUGCAGUCAACAGUGAAAACGAUGCUGUGAACAAGGUCAAAAACCUGCUGACAGGAGAGUACGGAGGUGUGCCCGAUGUGGCCCGCCACUACAAGGCCAAUGGAGUGAACUGGGUGGUGGUCGGAGAUGAGAACUAUGGAGAAGGUUCCAGCAGAGAGCACGCUGCCCUGGAGCCACGACACCUUGGAGGACGCGCCAUCAUCGUCAAGAGCUUUGCCAGAAUCCACGAGACUAACCUGAAGAAGCAGGGCCUGCUGCCUCUGACUUUUGCUAACCCCCAGGACUACGAAAAAAUUCGCCCUGACGACAAGAUUACAAUCGCUGGGCUAAAAUCCUUUGCUCCUGGCAAGCCCCUGGCAGCAGUGAUCAAGCACAGCGACGGCAGCAAGGAGUCCAUCACUCUAAACCACUCCUUCAACGAGACGCAGAUCGAGUGGUUCAGGGCCGGCUCUGCUCUCAACAGGAUGAAGGAGCUCCAGUAAUAGGUGGAGACGCGGGAGGUGGGGCCUGUAGGGGCCACCAAGGGGCCUUGGCAUGGGUUAAGAAGGGGAGAAGUGAGGGCAGAGAAAGGGGCUUCGCAAAGAGGAAGAGACGCGGUGAACGGUAGUUACCAGACCUGUUGGUUUAAAUGUUGGUGUAGGGACAGCUGUAGUCAUGAUCAGUUAAAGAAAACACACACACAUACACACACACACACACAAGGUCGCUGCACAGAUGAAAAGCGCACACACACAUUGACAUGGGCACGCACAUGCACAGACAGGAUUACUGUGAAAGCACUCCCGGACGACAGCCAGAAUUACACAAACAUGCUCAAAUCAAGCGCACAUAACCGAAGCUUAGCAGUGUGAGUGUGUCUGUAAAAGGCAGCAUCGUUCGUACUGGCAGCACUCCUCAGUUUAAAAUCAGAUUUGUCAAGCUUAGUUGUUCAUUGAGUGUUACCCUGCAGCGCUCAGCUGACUGUUUCACACACAGACAGUUGAAUGAGGCUGUGUUUUCCUAAAUCUGUGAACGAAUCUAGCAGUAUACAAACCUGAGUCAGACCCUGCAUUGAUAAAGUUAGAUUCAAAAUACGAUUAAAAUAGAAGUGGUGAAGCUGAGAUAACAGUUUCCUAAUAUUUAAUGACGAGUUAACAGCUUCCUGCUUCAAAAUCUUUAACUGCAAAGUCCGUCCAAAGACCAGACAAUUGUUGUUCUUCAUUAGGCUUCCUGUUUUAUAUUUGUCACAGUGGUUUCCAUCCAUACAGCUCAAUAAGCUCACUGAGUUGUCCAACUCACAUGAAUGUACCUUUCCUUCAUUAUCUCCAGACCUGAAGAACAUUUCCACCACAUGUUCAAUGUGAUGCUGCAUUCAAAUGGAACUUUUGAGCUUGUGUUUAUGACAUGGGAAGCCGUGAAUGUGAGCUCAUGAACUCAGAGCUCUCAGAAAAUUCAGCUUAUGAAGCUGUGAACACCACAACAAGGAGGCGUUUAUUUGGACUCUUCUCGUGAAUGUGGUAAACACAACCCCAUUGGAACGCAGCAUACUUGAAAUGCACUAAAUAGCGACAAACUCCACAAGUCGUCCUUCAUUUUCCUCCUGUGGCGGGCUGCUAGGUUUGCCUUCAACUUGAACAAGUGUCGCCUCACUAGUCAUUGUUUUGAGCCACUGUGAAAACAAACUGCCAGGCACACUGACUUAUUUACUGUAAGCAGGAUCGGUUGAAAUCCUGUCAGCCCGUCCACUGUCACGGUACAACUGCAGCCCAAUCUAUCGUCACUCCGUCUGAGGUCUUGUGUUUUUAUGCUGCUGCUGUUGGACUUUUCGUUUUGACCUUGAAUCUGUGUACACUCCCUGGGUCUCUUUCACUGCAUGAUGGCUCACAGGGCUGCAACGAAUUAUUAUUUUCAUUAUCGGUUAUUCUGUCCAUUAUUUUCUCUAUUAAUCGAUGAAUUGUUCUGUCAGUAAAAUGUCAAGAAAUAGUGAAAUUUGCCCUGUGAAAUUUCCCAUAACCCAAGUUGAUGUCUUUAAAUGGUUUCAUCUGAAGUGAUACAGUUUAUUAUCACAUAUAACAAAGAAAGGCAUCAAAUUCUCAGAUUUAGGAGGCAUGAAAUCAACAACUGUUUGGCCUCAUUUGCUUUAAAAUUACUAAAACGAUUAUUUGAUUUUCAAUUAAUUAUCUGUCGAUCAACUAAUUGAUUAAUCGACAAAUCAUUUUAGCUCUACUUGCUUGUUCUCUGUCUUUCUGCAUGAUAUAACACCGCAUUGUGUGACAACACAACACAUACCGCCAUUGUGUCAGCGCUAGCCUUGCUAUUUCUUUUCUUUCCAUCUGUGUUUUGUCCUGUGUGGGUGCGUGUGUGUAUGUGUGUGUUAUACAUGAUUGUUUUACUAGGUUAACAUCAGUGUGUGUUCGCAUCUGUGCGUCUCUCUUUGCUCACCCUGUCUCUCUUGCUGCUCUCUCCAGGCUGCUUCAUGCAGUCCAAACCGCAACCUGAUACGUUUGGGGAAAUGGGCUGAAGUCAGAUUUGUGUUGCUGCGGGCAAGUUUUUUUUUUUAUGUAGGAAGGAAACUGCGGCAUAACAGUAUCAUAAAAAAUCAGCCUACAAUGUCCGGAGAAAGCUCCACUUUUCUAUAGUAGGUCAUUUGUCUCAUCAACCCAAUGAAAUCCUUUGGGUCAAAGCUUCUCACACGUGAUAUUUUCUCUCAUUGUUUCUGCUGGUCCUCACUAUCAUCUGGAGCUGCCAGCGUGUGAAAUUGCCUUGUGUAGCUGUAACGGGAUCUGACAGGCUGUUUGUCUUGGAGUUGAAUGUUUUUUCAGGUUGAGGUUUGGUCCUCCAUAGCAUGAGAAAGCCUGCUGUCUUCUUACACAAACUAACGCACAAUCUAGUGUCCAGAUGCCUGUACACUAGCACUUUGUAGAGUUAGGGAAGUAGUUUUAGGUGUGCUUCGCCAUGCUUCUUUUAUCCUUUGCAAACAUUUCACUCUGUAGCGCACGUCUCUGUCGUGUGUGACUCCACAAGACUGACAUACAACGCGUAACGUUCACUAUUGAUACACAAGUUUUCAGUAGAAAAUGUAGAUUCAAAAUCAUUCUUGGAUUAAGUUUGACAUAAUGUAUACCUAGUGUGCGCCACUGAAACACUGUGGUUAUAUAUUUUUGCGAGCUUAGGGAUGUUUGAGGUCACUGCUGCUAUGUUUUAUGUAGGUGUCCUCUGUUUAGCUUGUCAUUAACCAGAAAGUUAAUAAAUCAGUCACUUCUUCAUUCUGUAGUCCAGGAAGUGUGGAUUAAUAAUUACACUUCCUGAGGUGAAUCCUUAUAUACUUAAAAAAAAGUCACUGACUUUGGACCUGUGAGUAAAUGACGUGAUAUAUAGUUGCACUUUGUAUAGGGGUGUGUACAUAAAUGAUAAAUCAUUAUAUAUAUAUAUAUAUAUAUAUAUGAGAGAGAGAGAGAGAGUGCUGGUAACAUGCUGUAUGCUGCCUGUCUAAAUGAGAGCUGUUAACUCUGUUUGUGACUUCCUGUAACAUAAUGUCAUAACAUAGAGUCCCCUGUGUGAUCUUGAUUAAACUCAAGUUCCUUUAAUCGAAUGGUUUCACAAACCAGUUUUGGAUUGUGGGUUAAAUUAAAGCACAGGUGUCGGAUCGUAGCUGUCGGCUGCAGACAGUGAAAAGAGAUGUGUUAUUUCAAGAAAGGUGACUUGUUAUGUGUAUUUUCUUAACUUUUAGUUUUGUUCAGAUAGUUUUCAGGGACAGAGAUGAUUUAGAAUAGCAGCAGCCCAACUUUUAGAGUCGUUUUGGACGUUAAUGACUCCACGUAGGGGUUAUCUGUCCAUAUAAUCAGCUGCUCUUUACGAAUCAUGUUUUACAUCCUCAUUAAGAUCAUCACUUUGAUGGUUAAACACUGCUCACCAGUGUAUCAGAUUUACUGCCAAAGAUGCCUGAUAAAAAUACUGAGAUGUUGGGAAGUAAUAAUUACCCAUAAAGGAGCUCUUUAUGAUAUUCAGAGCAUUAAUAUAGCAGAAAAAACGAUUUGCUAUGUAAAGAUAUAGCAAAGUAAUGGCGUCCUGACCAGAGAAUGUAGUCACGUCGAGCUUCUCUGUCCUUUGUUGUGGUGGAUGGGCUAGCAGCAAGUUGGUGCAUGUGAGUCCCUGUGAGUGUGUCCCUGUGAGCUAAUUGCUGCCACUCUGCACUGCACUCUUAUGGCGGUUACAGCUGAUAUCAGGAUGGCAUUGUCACUGAAACAUAGCGCCCACCCCCUUGUUCCCUCCCAGGCUAACAUUGUUAGCUCUGCACUGUUGCCGUUGUUAGAACUGUUUGUUGGCUGCUAGCCUCCAGCUCAGCCGCCUCCAUGUUGAGAACCGUGUGCAGACAACCUCUGAAUCAUAGAUCCACUCUGAAUAUCAUGAAGAACUCCUUUAAGUUGUGUUUGAAAAAUCAACCCCCGUCAGUAUGUGAUCUUUCAAAUAUAUUACUGUGCAUAAUUAUUUGAUUAUACACAGGGUUUUAUUUCCCACAUAAUUCACAAGGAUCAAUGUUUAUUCUUUAAAAAAUACUGAUGAAUUUAAUCUUUAUUUUUCCGUCAGCACAUUUAAAACAACCGAGUAAAUGAUGUGAUAUAUAGUUGCACUUUGUAUAGGGGUGUGUACAUAAAUGAUAAAUCAUUAUAUAUAGAUAUAUAUAUAUAUAUAUAUAUAUGAGAGAGAGAGAGAGUGCUGGUAACAUGCUGUAUGCUGCCUGUCUAAAUGAGAGCUGUUAACUCUGUUUGUGACUUCCUGUAACAUAAUGUCAUAACAUAGAGUCCCCUGUGUGAUCUUGAUUAAACUCAAGUUCCUUUAAUCGAAUGGUUUCACAAACCAGUUUUGGAUUGUGGGUUAAAUUAAAGCACAGGUGUCGGAUCGUAGCUGUCAGCUGCAGACAGUGAAAAGAGAUGUGUUAUUUCAAGAAAGGUGACUUGUUAUGUGUAUUUUCUUAACUUUUAGUUUUGUUCAGAUAGUUUUCAGGGACAGAGAUGAUUUAGAAUAGCAGCAGCCCAACUUUUAGAGUCGUUUUGGACGUUAAUGACUCCACGUAGGGGUUAUCUGUCCAUAUAAUCAGCUGCUCUUUACGAAUCAUGUUUUACAUCCUCAUUAAGAUCAUCACUUUGAUGGUUAAACACUGCUCACCAGUGUAUCAGAUUUACUGCCAAAGAUGCCUGAUAAAAAUACUGAGAUGUUGGGAAGUAAUAAUUACCCAUAAAGGAGCUCUUUAUGAUAUUCAGAGCAUUAAUAUAGCAGAAAAAACGAUUUGCUAUGUAAAGAUAUAGCAAAGUAAUGGCGUCCUGACCAGAGAAUGUAGUCACGUCGAGCUUCUCUGUCCUUUGUUGUGGUGGAUGGGCUAGCAGCAUGUUGGUGCAUGUGAGUCCCUGUGAGUGUGUCCCUGUGAGCUAAUUGCUGCCACUCUGCACUGCACUCUUAUGGCGGUUACAGCUGAUAUCAGGAUGGCAUUGUCACUGAAACAUAGCGCCCACCCCCUUGUUCCCUCCCAGGCUAACAUUGUUAGCUCUGCACUGUUGCCGUUGUUAGAACUGUUUGUUGGCUGCUAGCCUCCAGCUCAGCCGCCUCCAUGUUGAGAGCCGUGUGCAGACAACCUCUGAAUCAUAGAUCCACUCUGAAUAUCAUGAAGAGCUCCUUUAAGUUGUGUUUGAAAAAUCAACCCCGUCAGUAUGUGAUCUUUCAAAUAUAUUACUGUGCAUAAUUAUUUGAUUAUACACAGGGUUUUAUUUCCCACAUAAUUCACAAGGAUCAAUGUUUAUUCUUUAAAAAAUACUGAUGAAUUUAAUCUUUAUUUUUCCGUCAGCACAUUUAAAACAACCGCUGAUGUAAGAUAAUGCUCUGUCGUUCACUGGUUGAAGCCUCUGAGUUUUAAAAGCGCUACUGUAAAGUGACAAAUCAGAUGUUUAUGAAGGCAUGCCGGUUGUGUGAUUUUUGUACUCAGGUGUGCUCCGUUCGGUCCUCCUGGAUGUGUUUGAUAUCUAUUUUACAACCUGCUUCAUUUUGUUCAGGUACAGCAGAUAAGUAAUAUGAACAGAUGUUUUAUCACAAUGAUGAUUCCCCUCACACUCCAGUAACAGCAUUAAACUUGACUUUAUGUAAGCAGAUGAUUCAAAACACCCACAGUUUUAUUGCUCGGGAGAUUAAAGUUAUCUUGACAUUUACAAAAUAACUGGUAAAUUAAUAAAGAUAAAAUUGUGAAGUGA